UUGGUUGGACGCUACGCCUCAUCCCGCUGGCCCUCGGACGGUCGUGUCCAGUCGCAUGCUGGUGUCAUGGGGGGCCUGGAAAGCUCCGGCAGGCUCCUGUUCCUGCCUCUCCUUCUGACCGUGGGGGGUCUCAGCCCUGUCCAGGCCCAGAGCGAGUGCACCUGCUCCUCCUUGAGUGCGGGGGCGCUGGCGGGGAUCGUGCUGGCGGACCUGGUGUUGACCCUGCUCAUCGCCCUGGCUGUGUACUCGCUCGGCCGGCUGGUCCCUCGCGGCCGAGGGGCUGUGGAUGUGACCCGGAAGCAGCGCAUCACUGAGACCGAGUCACCUUAUCAGGAGCUCCAGGGUCAGAGGUCAGAUGUGUACAGCGACCUCAACACACAGAGGCAGUAUUACAAAUGAGCCCAAACCGCGACAGUCCACAACGGGACGCCUGGAUCCAGUGCUUCCUGACGGCCACCCAGCACCCCAGCGUGCCCUCCCUGACACCUCUCCCCUCUGUUGCUGCCAAAUAAACA